AUGAGGAGCCGUCAGAUCAUCUCUCCCGUUUCACCAUCAGCUCGCUUUGUCAGCUCUGGAGUCGGUUAUCCACGAAAAGCGAGUGCUUCCCAGUCUCCGCUAGUUCAGGAAACACGGCCGGGAGCAUAUACCGUGGCGCCUGGUUCACCCUUGCCUGUGGAUUCCGUAACUGGACAGUCGAUGUCCGUGUCGGGAUAUCAACAGCCUGCUCCAGUAUCCGUUCAUUCCACACCAACCUUCCAUAGCCGCCGGACAAGUGCUAAUCCAACACCAAACCCGAGCUCUCAGGAGACGAGCCCUACGACACCCAUCUCGACCUUUAGUCAAUUUGGCCGGUCAUCUCCUGCGGCUACUACUGCUUCUGGCCCACAGCCUGCGCCGUCAUAUUUGCAUACCACUCCGCAUACAACAAUGGAGCCAGUCAGCCGACUGCCUUCAGUAGUUGCAGGCCACAAGCAUGUGAGUGAGGAGCCCGUCGUCCUGCCUAGUUCCCAAGCGGAAAAUCCCCCUUACCCCGGGAUGAUCCCCUGUAUCCUAGACCUAAAGUCCGGCUCUUCUAGCCAGGCCGAGAAGCGAAAGGCAAAUAGUGAUGCGUCGAGGAGGUUCCGCAACAGGAAACGAAAUGAGCUACAAAUGGAGCAGAAGAUCACGGCCCAGCAGGAUGAAAUCCGGAAGCAAACGGAAGUGCUGCAGAGGCAGGCCCAAGAGAUUCGGGCCCUGAUGCAAGAGCGAGACUUUUACCGCUCCGAGAGGGACUUCUACCGCGAGCACGUCAGCCGUCUCGGGCCUUCCGGUCAAAUCCCGGCCCGGCCAGCCUCUCCACGCUCCUUUCAAUCCUCGGAUCGUGACCCUCAGGUCUGGCCUAGUACAGACGCCACACAGCGAGCUGUGGAUACAAGCGGAGUGCCACCGCCCGCCUCAGCUACUAGAGCAGCUGGUAGCUGGCCAAGUCGAGGGACUCUGGCAGAUGAACAGCAGGCAAGAUCACUGCCACAGUUCCCUGGGCCAUGGACCCGCGCUUGA